AUGGGCUCCGUGACUUCGGCCCUGACGAGGACGAGGAACGCGCUGGUGAAGGUGGGCUCGCAGCCGGAGACCCAGGACCCGGAGAGGAGCCAGUCCGCCCCGGAGACCGACCGGGCCCGGAAGAGGAGCUCCCGGUUCAACGUGGCCAUCCAGGUCGGGAGGCAGAGCUCCCGCACGUCGCUGUCCGAGGUGCUGAGCAGGCAGGACGGCGAAGGAGCCAGACAGACCCCGAGGAAGAGGAGUGCGGAGGCUCCACAGGUGGCAAAUGAAGACGCAGAGACCUCCAUGAGACCGCAGGCCAGUUUUUCACGCUCAAAGUCCCAGAGUGCAUUGUGGAACGCCAUCACCGCGGGGAUGGGGAUCAAAGGCAAAGAACAGAAGCCCCCCUUGAAUGACCCGCGAAGUCCUGAAGAGAUUCUGGCCGACGAGCUUCCCUCCGCAGACCAACCCGACGCCACAGAGAAGACGGCCAUCAGGCGCAAGUACAAGAAGACGUCCCAGAGAUUGAGAUGUCUGGUGAAGCAGUUGGAGAGAGGAGAGGCUUCCCUCGCUGACCUCAAGAAAAACCUGGAGUAUGCGGCGGCGGUGCUGGAAUCCGUUUACGUCGAGGAGACAAGACGCUUGGUGGACACAGAGGAUGAGCUCAGCGACAUCCAGUCGGAGUCGGUGCCCUCAGAAGUGCGGGACUGGCUGGCCUCCACCUUCACUCGCCAGAUGGGCCUGAUGCUGCGACGCAAUGAAGAAAAGCCGCGCUUCCGCAGCAUCGUCCACGCCGUCCAGGCUGGAAUAUUUGUUGAGAGGAUGUACCGACGUACCUCCAAUAUGGUGGGACUCAGCUACCCCCCUUCUGUCAUAUCUGUGCUUAAGAAUGUUGACAAGUGGUCGUUUGACGUUUUCGCUCUAAAUGAGGCCAGCGGGGAUCACGCACUUAAAUUCAUAUUCUACGAGUUACUCACGAGAUACGACCUCAUUAGCCGCUUCAAGAUCCCGAUCUCUGCAGUGGUGUCAUUCGUGGAGGCCCUGGAAGUGGGAUACAGCAAACAUAAAAACCCCUACCACAACCUGAUGCACGCCGCUGACGUCACGCAGACUGUACAUUACUUGCUACUCAAGACUGGCAUGGUGCAUUGGUUGACUGAGCUGGAGAUCUUUGCCAUGAUCUUUGCGGCGGCAGUGCACGACUACGAGCACACGGGGACCACAAACAACUUCCACAUUCAGACAAGGUCGGACACAGCGAUCCUCUAUAACGACCGUGCAGUGUUGGAGAGUCACCACGUCAGCGCAGCGUACCGCCUCCUGCAGGAUGAUGACGAGAUGAACAUCCUCUACAACCUGUCCAAGGACGACUGGAGAGAGCUGCGGGCUCUGGUGGUGGAGAUGGUGCUGGCCACAGAUAUGUCCUGUCAUUUCCAGCAGGUGAAGGCCAUGAAGAACUUCCUACAACAACCUGAGGGCAUUGACAAGCCCAAAGCCCUUUCCCUGCUGCUGCACACCGCAGACAUCAGCCACCCGGCCAAAAGAUGGGACCUCCACCAUCGCUGGACCACCUCCCUCCUGGAGGAGUUCUUCAGACAGGGGGACAAAGAAUCCGACCUCGGGCUUCCGUUCUCACCGCUCUGCGACCGAAAGUCAACAAUGGUGGCCCAGUCCCAGAUCGGGUUCAUCGACUUCAUCGUGGUGCCCACCUUCACCGUGCUGACGGACAUGAUGGAACGCAUCGUCACUCCGCUCAUCGACGAGGCCGCCCACGCCGGGCUCGCCGUCUUCCGCCGAUCAAGUCUGAACAGUCUUAGCUCGGAUGAGGUCAAACGGCAGAGUGUGAAGAGCUCCGACAGCAGCUCGUCCGGCCAGAGCUCUCUGCUGACGCUGGACAUGAAGAACUUCAAGGCCCUGUGGAAUGAAGAGGUUUAUCAGAACAGAGAGAGGUGGAAAACGCAGGCCACUAAAGAGGCGGAGGAGAGGGCUAAAAAGGAGGCGGAGGAGAGAGCUCAGCAGGAGGACACUAUGGAGCCCCAGGAGGGACAAACGGAACCAGAACAGCCUGAACCAAAGGAGGACCAAUUGGAGGGGGAGGCGGCCGGGUCGGCAGAGGUCAGCACAUCGCCGGACGGGAACACGGGGGAAACAGAGGAGGGCGAUCAGGCCGAGGGCGCCACACACAAGAGUCCGUCUCUGCACAACGGAGAGUUGUCUGAAGGAGCUGAAUCUACAGAGGAUGAAGAAAAUAAAAACAAAAGUGUCGAUGGUAGCGAUGGACUAGUCGAGCUGUAGAUAAUCAACAUCAUCACCGGACCCUGAACCUGUUCUUCUAACUCGACUGGGGGAGCUCACCCAGACUCACUUCAGAGGGAAGGCCAUCAGUUGGACUGUGUCGCCCUCUUCAGGGCGUCAAGAAACUCACACCUUCACUUCCAUUUUUGUGUCCUAAUGAUGAGUAGUUUUUACUUUUCCUGUGUUUACACUCCAACGCUCUUGUAUGCAGAGUUUGAGGCUCCGCCCAUGUGCAUGAUUCCUCCCUCUCUGCUUAUUGAUGAAGACAAUACAGAAGAUUUAAUGAUCUUAAGGUGAUGGGGGGGUUGAGAGGAGCCUUUUUAAAAGACUGACACUGAAAAUGUUUUUUAGUUUGCCAAUCUUUUACCCAACACAUCCACAGACAUGUAGCCAUCGUACAAGUCCCACUUUUAUUUUAUUUCUUCCUCUGUGCACUCAUUUGUUGGAUUUUAGCAUCCCACAGUAAAAGCUGGUUUAUUUAGAAACAAAGUAUGUUACAGUCAUUUGUUUUUCGUCCUUUCAAAUUAAAACAGAAGUGCUUUUUAUUGUGGAAAAUGCAGGAUAAAUGCACAUGAAAAGGGACUUUUACAGCUGCCACACAGAAUGUAAACUGUCUGGGUUUGUGUUUAGUACAAAGGGGUCACAUUAACAAACCUACUCUAUAUAGAAAUAUUGUGCUUUAUAGGAAUUCCUGCUGGGAGUCUCACCCGAUCGAGAGACUACCACAAAAACCUUUUCACCACCAGUUGUGUCUCAUUUUUCCUCUUCACACGUUUACUUUCUCAGUGCUUUCCUCAGACGAUGUGUGUUUGUGUUCCAUGCAGUCAGGUUCCGUUUGUUUUUUUGUGUCCUUGUCGUCUGCACUGUAAAUAUGUUUGUACAUGUAUGAAUCUGUGAAUGAGUAGAAAUCCUAUGAUUCCACAAUCCAAAAAUCAAGAUUGUUUUUGGAUGUAAUAUAAGAUAUUGUAGUGGAAAAUAUUCGAAUGCAACCCUUUGCAUUUCAGACAUAUCACACAUUAAAAUGC